UAUACAUUCAUACAUAUGUCAUACAUAGUAUACAGCUCCCAACAAAACACAUUUAAUUUUCUGUUGCCUGCGGUUAAGUUUUCCACAAGGACAAAAUGUGGAGACUACGGGCCCUGGUAGUCCACAUUUUCCUGCUGGCCUCCAUACUGACCACCUACUUCUCCUCGACCAUCUUACCAGGACUCGUUCCCCAGAAGACAAUGCGUGAGAUGGGUUUCGAGCCGCCCGCAGAUCGCCUGGUUGUAUUCUUGACCGAUGGCUUUCGGGCGGCUUCCUUCCUGGCGAAGAACGGAAGUGUGGUGCCGGAUCUACGCAAUCUAUACCGGACACAGGGCCGCAUAGCCAUCUCCCGCUCCUUGACACCGACUCAGACUGCCGUCGGGCACAUAGCCAUCUUUGGUGGCUUAAUGCAAGAUCCGACGGCUGUUCUUGUCAACUUCCGCUAUGUUCCCGUUCACUUCGAUACCGUCUUCAACCGCAGCCGCAUGACCAUUGGCUGGGACGAUGAUUUCGUGGACCAUGUCUUCCGAAACCAACCGCACGGUGGUGCUCCGCUGCGGAUCAAGACGGGAGAUAAGAAAGAUAUGAAAUUCGAUGCCUGGGUGUUUGGUCAGGUGAAGGAAUUUCUGGCCAGAAGCGACAAUGUUCGGGAAGUACGCAAUCACAAGGGAGUAGUGUUCUUUGUUUAUUUGGCGGAUUUAGAUGCAUGGGCCCAUCGCUACUCACCCUUGCUUCCUGAGUUCGAUCAGCAGCUCCUGCGCACUCAGAAAGGCAUUCACACCACCUACGAACUAUUUGAGAAAACCUUCAACGACAGCCGAACGGCCUAUCUGCUGACCUCCGAUCAUGGAAUGGGGAAUACUGGAAUGCACGGCGGUUCUUCACGUCAUGAAAGAGAAACGCCUUUGUUUAUGUGGGGUGCUGGCGUGAAGAGGACAGUCGGUCCGAAUGCAGCGUUUCCCACCUGGAAGAAAGCAUCUAGGGUGGAACAGAUUCAACUGGCGCCACUGAUGUCGGCUUUUAUAGGCCUUCCACCUCCAAUGAAUAACAUAGCAAUGAUGCCAAGGGGAUACCUCAACGUAAGCACCGAGUAUGAAGCUAUGGCUUUCCACCUGAAUGCCCUGCAGAUCCUGGAUCAGGCCGAGAUCGUUAUUAGCCGAAAUGAUCGCUCUCUUUUCUGCGAAUGGCUGCCAAGAUUCAAAAGACUGGACUUAAAGCAAAUUGCUGCCUACAAGGCGAACUUUAAAUCUUUGGUAUCUCAGGGACACAGCCAAGAGGCCAUGGAAGAAUGCCAGCGGAUUAUAAAAUUGGCCCAAAAGUGCGUGAAGUAUUAUCAAGGGUAUUACCAGACUCCAUUGCUAGUGGCCACCACGAUCUCCUACCUGGUCUGGUUAUACUGCCUGCUUCUGCAGCUGACAAGGAUAGCCACGGAGAAUCAGAGAAAGGGAUUCGUCACCUUGUCGACGGUAAUGCUGUCAGCCCUCGGAAUUAUCGAACUAGUUCUGUUGGUUCUGCAAAAGGUGCCGUUCUUCACAUCCGUCUGCCUGUUGUUACCAACCUGUUUGCUAAUAAUGGCUCAAGCUGAACGCUCUGCAAAUGGCCCUUGGAUUAAGGCACCUCUCAUGAACCUCUUCUCAACAUUGGUGCCCGCAGCACUAAUAAUUCUAGUGUACUUUGAGUACAAGCAUUUUGCAGAGCUAUAUGUAUUGUCGCUGUUCCUGCACUAUCAUCGUCUGUUCCGGAAGCCCUCGCUGAAGUUUUUCCUAUGGAUGAUUCUUGUGUGCAUAAUCAGUGCCUCCCUGUUCCUUUCCCAAUACACCCAGUAUGGCGUUGACCCCGAAUUGCUAAAUUUCCAUGUGCUACAGUUGGGCAUGUUGGUGGCCCUGGUACGUCCCAUCAUCUUGCGACACAAGAUUGGUUUACGUGUUUGGGCCAUUAACGCGAUGACCUUUGCGGCUGGAGCCUAUGGAGUCAAAAAAUAUGUCUCGAAAGAGGUGGUUCCAGAUUUCGUAAAGGCCACUACCUGGUUCUUUUUGGUCUACGCCUUCCUAUCAAUUCGCUACUCCGAUGCAUCCUUUAAGACCGCUAUGAGAAGACUCGCACUGAUUACCAUGAAUAUGAUCACCUUGCACGCCCUGCUCUGCGAACGUUGGGGUUCUUGGGCAAUGCAAAUUCUGAGCACCGAGCUAAUUUUUGGCCUGCAGAUGUAUGAGGACUCCAAGCGAUCUGAUGACAACUAUGAGGGCGUCGGGGACCGAAAGCCACUGCUACAUCUGAAGCAGUCCUACAGGUAUGGCUUUGCCAUCGUCCUGUACUUCUAUGUGACCUUUGCGCUGGCCGGAAAUUGGAUAGGGUCUUUUAUAUUCUGGCCUAACACGGCCAGACUGUUUUAUGCACACUAUAGCUUAUUCGUCCCCGGAUGUCUGAUCAUACUGAAGAUUGUGCUCCCAUCACUGAUCGUUAUCUCGACCCUGUACGCUCUGGUUCCCUUCGUCCGGCAAAAUAUCAGAUCGACAUUCACCUGCGUCCUGCUCAUCAGUAACGUCAUGGGGCUGUACUUCUGCUACUACGUCAAAAAGAGGGGUGCAUAUGACGAUGUAAGGAACUCUCUGGAUAAGCUGCUAAUCACGCAUGUGGUUAACCUGUUGUUACUGGGAUGCUGCUGCAUCGUUGUGGGUUUCCUCCAUGAUACGGAAAUGAGAAAGCCAAAGUCCAAGAAAGAAAGACGCGUUCGUUUUACCUCGGCCAAUGAAGAGAGCCGCGUUUAGUUAAAUAAAGUUGUAUAUUUUUAAAGCA